AUGUCAUCGACUGCGUCCAAACUUUGCUCAUUCUCGACGUCCUCCACUUCCUCUAUCAUCUCUACACCCGCCAGGAUCGCAUCUCGCGCCAGUAUAUCACGCGCCUCGUUCUCCAAACCUUCAUUGUCCUCCUUUUCCACCGCACGACUCACGCCCCGCAACAGUCGCACCAUCCGCCGCGCUGGCCUCGGAUUAUGUGUUGGCGCAACACUCGGUCUGGGCGCCGGAUCACCGGUUAUCCAGUCGCUCCGACCGCAAAUAAUGUACUGCGACAAUGGAUUUGAAGCAUUCGAGACAAAGGUCGGGUUGAAAACGACAAAAGAGCUGGAUAGGGAAAUUGAAAGCGGACGAGAAAAGUAUACGUAUGAGAAGGAUGCGAAAGCGCCGGUGGUGGGGAGCGAAACCAAUAAAGGGGUGUUGAUCAGACAGUUGAGUGCUGGGAGUGUUUUGGGUCUCCUCUGCGGCGUGGCAGUCAGCGUUUUCUCCAAGACUCUCGCAUUGGUAUUCGGCCUAGCCGUAGUCAUUGUUCAGGCCGCCGCAUCUGGAGGCGUCCAUCUCAUUCCCUACCGGCGCUUGCAACGCUACGUCCAGCGCGUCGAUAUUCGCUCGGUGCUCUACGACAAUAUCAUUUUUAAAUUGUCUUUUGGCACGACAUUUGCCUUGGCUGCGUUUGCUGAUUUCAGCUAA